CGAGUGACCACACUAUUGAGUAACCAACGAAGAAUGGACUUCGAAUGUACCGCCGAGGAUUACCACCUAAGCCUCAGAAGUCUCUCCCUCGAAAGAGAAUAUGACUUAACCGUGAGCGCGACAGCGCAGCUCCUGGACCAGGAAAACCAUCGGGUCAACCGGGUGGACCAGCUACUGCAGCGGAUCGAGAACGAGAACCUGCAGGCGCAGCUGGACCAAGCGCGCCAGGAGAUCGGGCGGGUGCGGUCGGCCGAGGCGGAGAUCCUGGGCCGGCUGAACCAGGCCGUGCAGGAGCGGAACCGGAUCCAGCAGACGGUGUAUGUGCUGGGGCAUGAGAAGGAGAAUCUGGCCCGGGAGCUGGAAUCCAUGUCCGAUACCUCUGUCGAGGUGAAAUCGUUGAUGACGGAGAAGAUGCGUCUGGGUAAGGAGUUGGCGGGCGUGCAGACGGAGCUGCAGCGGUUGCGGUUGGUGGAGAGCUCGUCGCAGACGCUGAUGGCGGAGAAGCAGGAGCUUGCGCGGCGGCUUAGUUCGCUGGAGGUCGAGUUUGAGAAUGAGAAGCGCGCGCACGAGCGCACGCUGGCGCGCGGGGGGUCCGAGCAGCAGCAGCAGCAGCAGCAGCAUUUACAACAGCAGGUGCAGCAGUUACAGCAGCAGAUUCAGCAGCAGCAGCAGCAGCAGCAGGCGGCUGGCUCGAAGUGGAUUGCUGAGAAGGUGGCGCUCGAAGAGAAGGUCGAGACGCUCACGAAAAAGCUGCUCGUCACUAAGGAUCAGCUCCGGAAGGCCCAGGUCAAUUAUGGUCCGUCCGCGAUAACGCAGGCGCUCCAGGCCGGCACCAGUAAGGUCCCCGUCAAGUGGUCCAAGGAACCCUCGUCGAAUCGCUUCGCCACAGAGAUCAACUCGGAGUUGACGAUCGCCACCCCCGGUGCGGUGCGCGCCAAGGCAGCGGAGAGGGAGAGAGCCGCCGUCGCCGCGCUGCCCGGGGAGAAGUCCGCCUUCUCCAUCACGCCUUUCUUGAACCGAACGACGGGCGCCCCGGCGGACGCAGGCGACAGCAACAACAAUAAUAACAACGAGAGUGACCAGGAGUCGUCGUCGCUGGAGGAUAGCAUGAUCCGCGAGUCAGACAUCCCCGCCCAAAAGCCGCAAGAACCUCGCCAGCCACUGGGUGGCAAGCCCCGGCCAGAGAAGACGACUGGUGCCACUACGAGCCUCAAUUCGAGGAGGCCGAGACAGCCGCCGAGGCGGCUGGAACCGAUCGAUGACGAUGACGACGAUAUCUUGAGUACGAACGUCACGACCCUGGCAAAGCCUCAGAUUAGGAAGCGGAAGCUCGGCGGCCAGCAGAAGAAACUGGUCAUGGACGAGGAGGAUGAUGAUGAUAUGGAUUUUGAUUUCCGGAAGGCGACUACGGGCCGCGGCCGCGGUUUCGGUGGGGUGCCUGCGUUUUCCCCGCUGAAACGUGAUAGAAGGUGAUUUUGGAGACAGGUUUUUGAUUAUGAUGAUCUACCCUGGACACUAGGUGAUGUGAUGAUUGGGUGACGAGGACCUAUGCUAUAACGCGGCCGGUGCCGUGCAGGUGUGACCACAUUUGUGCCCUUGCAUACUUAGGAAGAAAGGUCUUGUUACACCAAGGAGUUACAUCAUGGCUCUGGG